AAAGUCCAAAUUAUUUCUUUUUCUUCUUCCGGUAGCGUCUGGUGGAGUGGUCACCAGUCGCCAUUUUGUUCGUAUAUUAAUAAUUUGUUCAGUUUGUAGUGAUUGAGUUGGUGUAAUUUGGAAAAAGGAAAAAUGUCACGUUACGGUGACUGUAAAGUGUAUGUCGGAGAUUUAGGUAACAAUGCAAGCAAACCUGAACUUGAAGACGCAUUUUCAUAUUAUGGACCUCUGAGAAAUGUCUGGGUAGCAAGAAACCCGCCCGGCUUCGCUUUUGUAGAAUUCGAAGACCCUCGUGACGCUGAAGAUGCGAUACGUGGUCUGGACGGACGCACAAUUUGUGGUCGACGUGCUCGAGUAGAGAUGUCUAACGGCGGACGAGGUUAUGGAGGACGGGGGCCACCACCACGCUCUCGACUACCUCCUAGACCGUAUGAUGACCGCUGUUAUGACUGUGGAGAUAGAGGACAUUAUGCUCGAGACUGCACACGCCGUCGUCGUCGCAGUCGGUCAAGGUCCCGUCGUCGCACGCGUUCCCGUUCGCCACGCUCUGGAUCCCGUUCCCGUAGUCGCAGCCGCUCUCGCUCCCGCUCUAAGGCACGGUCUAUGUCGCGGUCAAGAUCUCGUUCUCCAUCCAAAGACUCGAAAAAAUCUAACUAAAAAUAUUACAUUGUAAUAUACGUUAUUUUUAAUGUACACAACUUACAAGCAACCUUUGACAGUGUUAGGGUCGGUACAUAUUUAUUGCAUAAUGUGUCGCGUAACGCAAUAAUUAACAACAGCAUUUACCACUAUCAGAUGCCGAUGAUGCAAUAAUGCGUUGAUCGAAGUCGCUAGAUUCCAGUGGUAUUUGAUACCUUUGUUCGGCACAUAAUACCGUCAGUUAUGAACCGACCCUCAAGAAUUUUAUCAUUCCUGUGUAUGUGUAUUGUUUUGAUUUUAUAAGUUGAAGAACGAUUGAUUUUGAGAUCAAUAAAGUUUUAAGAAUA